CGGGGCGCGACAUCAGUCGCUGCCGAGCACUCUAACAGCCACCGUUGUCAAUAGCAUCCAGUUGUAGUGUUUUGUGUAGUAUCAUUUGUGUUCAAAUAUACCAACGAUGUCAUCAACAAAGAUGCUGAUCUGCGCGUUUGUGGUUGUAUGCGUGAGCUUGAGGCAUGGACUGGCAGCGCCCGCGCAACAGGAGGACGGACCACCCACACCGUACGAAUAUAAAUACGACGUUGAAGAUCCAGAGAAAACAUUAUAUUUCGGCGCCAACGAAUCUGGUGACGCACAAGGGAAGGUCGUCGGGGGAUACCGAGUAUUGCUACCUGAUGGUAGACUCAUGAACGUUGAGUACACUGUCGAAGGUGAAAGCGGUUUUGUACCCAAGAUUACGUUCGAGAAUAACGCAAACCCAUUCGCACAAGGCAAAUGAAAACGCAACGAUAACAGGAUUAAAAAUUGUGAAAUUUAUAAUUAAUUUUAAUUAAAUUUAAUAUCUAUUUAUGUUUCGCGUUCAUCGAAUUUCAAUUUAUUACCUGUGAUUAUUUAAAAUUGAAUAAAAAUGUUGUACUUAUCGCUAGCCGAAGUUACCAAUUCUGUGAUUCAAGUUAUUAUAGGUCAAUGCCAUUACAACUAAGAGAUCUUAGUGACUAGUUUGAGUUACGAUUUUGUUGUAACUCGAUUUAGUAUAAUUUUUUUAAUCAUGUAAAUUUUGUAAGCAAACAAAUAAAUACGUUU